UUAUAUAUAGCGUUUUAGUAUAUACAGUAUUGUUACUUAUUGUUCCAAUUUUUUCCCAACAAACUUAAAAGCGUUCCAGAUAUUAAUGUAUAAAUAUAUUGAAAAGUUUUAUCCAAGAAUUUAUUACCACAAGAAAUAUCAUAUAUUUUUGAGUUAUACAGCCAUGUCAACUGUCGCAAAGUUGAUCAGUAAACCAGGCGAAUUUAUUCGCAGAGACUCCCAGUUUAGGAAAUGGAUAACAGCUGACGGUUCCAGCGGAUUUAAGGCCGAGGCAGGGCGGUACCAUUUGUAUGUUUCAUUGGCAUGCCCCUGGGCCCACAGAACGCUGAUUGUCCGGCACUUGAAGGGCCUGGAGGAUGUGAUAUCUGUAAAUGUUGUAGAUUUACUUCUUACAGAAAAGGGCUGGCAUUUUAGUGAUGAGCACCCUAACAACACAUUAGAUACAGUUAACGGAUGCAAGUAUUUAAAAGAUGUAUAUAGGAAGGCUAACCCAGAUUAUGACGGAGCGAUUACGGUACCUGUGCUUUGGGACAAACAGAAAAACACUCUUGUGAAUAAUGAAUCCAGUGAAAUAAUCCGUAUGCUGAACUCUGAAUUUAACAGUUUCUGUCAGACGGACGAACAGAGAAAGCUAGAUUUAUACCCUGAAAAUCUUCGAGAUGAAAUAAAUGAACUUAAUUCAUGGAUUUAUCCAAACAUUAACAAUGGUGUUUACCGUUGUGGGUUUGCAAGAAGUCAACAAGCUUAUGAUGAUGCUGUUAUAAAACUGUUUGACCAUCUAGACAAGGUUGAGAUUAUUUUAUCUAAACAACGCUAUCUAACUGGUAACCAGUUCACGGAGGCAGAUGUUAGGUUGUUUACAACACUGGUUAGAUUCGACUGGGUUUACCAUGGUCAUUUUAAAUGCAACAAGAAGAUGUUGAAAGAGUACCCAAACAUUUGGGCUUAUGCCCGAGAAAUUUACCAGAUGAAAGAUAUCGCAGGGACAGUUGACAAGGAUCAUAUCCGCAAACACUAUCAUGAGUCUCAUACAAGUAUAAAUCCAUUUAGAAUUUUGCCAGUUGGUGCAGAUCUUGAUUUUCUCCAGCCACACAGAAGAGAAAAUAUUGGAAAGUAGCACCUUAAUGACACGUGUACCUGGUAUGAAAACACGCGUCUAAAAUUAACGAAAACCAAUGACAAUUUUGUGGACUAUUGCCCUGCGUACUUCAAUAAAGCGAUAGGCGCCAUAUUGGGACAGGGAACCAGAUUAUCAAUUUUGUGUCGUCACAUUCUUUUCAAUUAGAUGAAAAACAAGGACGAUUUUAAACAAUUUUUUUUCUAGUUCAAUUGUUUUUUGUUUGUUUUGUUUUUUGUUUUUGUUUUUGUUUUUGUUUUGUUGUUGCGCCUAUUUGCAGAUAUUCAUCCUGGCGGACGGACAGGCAGACAUACACACGUAGGGGACAUAUGUAACGUCCACUGAGUGAUGGUGAUAGCCCGACCCGAUAGGUUGUAUGACGUUUAAUAAUUUAAUCUGUAACUUGUAUGACGAGUGACUUGUUUUUCAUUAUAUAAGUAUGUUACAUAUUUAUUGAUAUUUGUACAUGUAAUUGACUUAAAUAUUUUAUAAAUGUUGAGAGCAAUUCAAAUAAAAAAGGUAAAAAGUAUGAUACUUGCUGGAGAACGUUUGAAGGACUAGUGAUUGUGGGCUAGUAGUUAAAGUGUCUGCCUUUCGACCAAGGGGUCGUGAGUUCAAGUCUUACUCUGGACACGACCUUGUGUAACCUCAAAGGUUACUUUUGGAAGCCUACUCGAAUGUGAUUCAAUAUACAUUAUAAUAUAUUGUUUCAUAAUUACACUUAAACGAAACUAUUAUGUUAAAGUCAGUCGUUUAUUUCACGAGUUACUUUGAGACAUAAUUAUAAGUAAAUUUAUAUCUUUUACAUUGAAUAUAUUGUGAUUAUAAACCGCAAAAUAGUUGAACUAAUUCAUUAUUUAAUCAAAUAUGAGAAGUCGCAGUAAAUACUUGACUAUUCUCAAUAAAUGCUGUGAUAGUUACAAGUUAAAGUAAUUUAAAAUGCUAUGUUGUUGUUUACUAAGUGCCAAAGUUGGAGUAAUUCAGUAAAAGAAGAAUAAUGUGCUGGAGUUAUGAUUCUUCAUAGAUAACAUUCGUUUAUUAUCAUUAUGAUAAGUAACAAA